AUGUACGGACAGGUUGUAAUAGGUCCACCAGGAUCAGGAAAGUCCACGUACUGCCACGGAAUGUACCAAUUUCUAUCAGCUAUAGGAAGAAAGCUGAGCAUUAUAAACUUAGAUCCAGCAAAUGACAGACUCCCAUAUCCGUGUGAUCUAGACAUUCGAGACUAUAUCGAACUAGAAGAUGUCAUGAAUGAGCUUAACUUAGGUCCCAAUGGUGGAUUAAUGUUUGCAAUGGAGCUGUUGAUUGCUAAUGGGCUCGAUCUAUUCCUUCAAAAAGUCAGGAAACUCAUUGAUGAAAGAAGCUAUCUUUUAUUCGAUUGCCCUGGACAGAUUGAACUAUUCACACACCAUAGUGCCUUACACAAGGUAUUCAACACUUUGACAAAGGAGACUAAAAUCAGACUAUGUGUUGUGUCGUUGGUUGAUUCUAUUUAUUUGACGAGUCCGUCGCAGUAUAUUUCAAUUUUAUUAUUGAGUCUACGAUCAAUGUUGCAGUUGGAACUCCCUCAGGUGAAUGUCAUCAGCAAAAUUGAUUUGCUAAAGGGAUAUGGACCCUUACCCUUCAGAUUGGACUACUAUACAGAAGUUCAAGAUUUGCAUUACUUGACUCCCCAUUUGGAAAAAGAGUCUAAUUCGAUAUUGGGUAAAAAGUAUGUACGGUUAACUGAGCUCAUUGGCGAAUUGGUAGAAGAGUAUCACUUGGUGGCAUUUGAAGUCCUCUUUGUUGAGAAUAAGCAAAGUAUGAUAAAUUUGCUAAGCAUUAUAGAUAAAGCCAAUGGAUAUAGCUUUGGUAGUGAGAUUGGAGGCGAUACUAUUUGGAGUGAAGCAGUCAGGCAAGGUGGAUCCGCUGGCCAUCAAGACGUGGAUAUCCACGAGCGAUGGGUGGACGAGAAAGAAAAGUAUGAUGUGGAAGAGAGGAAUGCUCCAACUGAGGCAAUGAAUGUUGAUGAACCGGAGGUUCCGUCUGAGGACGCAGAAUGGGAAGCUGCUUUGCGCGAUUGGGAGGAGAAGCGAGGAGGUGAAGGUGCAAUGAGUAAGUGA